AUGUAUUUCCGCAACCUUUUCUUGUCCCUCUUCUUUGUCCUGGCCGUUACCCUCGCGCUGGUUCAGGCUGAGGAUGCUAAGCCCCGUGGUCCCAAGAUCACCCAUAAGGUCUACUUCGACAUCCAGCAUGGCGAUGAGUCUCUUGGCCGCAUUGUGAUGGGUCUGUAUGGCAAGACUGUCCCCGAGACCGCUGAGAACUUCCGCGCUCUGGCCACUGGCGAGAAGGGCUUCGGCUACGAGGGCUCGACCUUCCACCGUGUCAUCAAGGACUUCAUGAUCCAGGGUGGUGACUUCACCAACCAUGACGGCACUGGUGGCAAGUCCAUCUACGGCAACAAGUUCAAGGAUGAGAACUUCAAGCUCCGCCACUCCAAGAAGGGUCUCCUGAGCAUGGCCAACGCCGGCAAGGAUACCAACGGCUCCCAGUUCUUCAUUACCACUGUCAUCACCUCUUGGCUCGAUGGUCGCCACGUCGUUUUCGGUGAGGUCCUUGAGGGCUACGAUAUCGUCGACAAGAUCCAGAACGUCCCCAAGGGCCGUGGUGACAAGCCCGAGAAGACCGUCAAGAUUGUGAAGAGCGGUGAGCUCGAGAUGGAGAAGUCGGAAACCGAGGACAAAGAAUUCGACGACGAACCGGUGGCUGUCCCCCCAGUCGCUGACGAAACCCCGGCAACCGACGAGUCUUCCUUUUCGAUGCAACCGGUCCUGAUCUUCCUUGUGCUCGUGGCCGUGAUCGGCUUCUACAUCAGCCGUCGCCGCAGCCAGCAGCAGCAACAGGAUGAGAAGGAGUUUGAUGCGUAA